AUGGCUUUGAAACUUGAUAUAUGGGUGAGCGAAUGCAGUCUCCUGAAAUGCGAGACUUACCGCUCCUAUGUCCGACGAGAUUUCCAAAUCACCAAUGCUGCUCUCGGAGAGGAGCUCGCUUCUGCAGAUGGUCGAUCUGUCGUCAAGUUGACCUACCAGAACGCCGACCUGUCAGACAUUGACGAUCUCGACUCUGAGGAUGAGAGCAUCGACUCCGAUAUGGCGGAGGAAUUGAGGGAGGAGUUUGAGCUUUCGGACGACGAAAUGGGAGAGGAUGAAGUGAUCAAAGAGAAAAAACCUAAAGUGAAUGGGGUAAAGUCAGAAGCAAAAGCUGCCAAGGAAGAGGAGGAAGACAGUGAGGGUGAUGACAGCUUUGAAGACGAUGAGGACAUUCUCACCACCGUCGCACUUUGCUCCUUGACCGCGGGAAAGAUUGAACAGGCGACUGUCAAUCUUACCAUCUGUGAAGGCACCGUAGCCGAGUUCGAGGUAGUCGGUCCGAAUGCCGUGUAUCUCACGGGGAAUUUUAUCCAUCAGGAUUAUGGUCACGAUCACGGCCACGACGGCUCUGACUCCGAUUCGGAAGACUUGGGCUUUGAUGACGGUGAUGAUUAUUAUCGUUACGGAGAUGAUAUUCCUGCUGGGAAAAUUUCCGAGAUCAACGACGAUAACCUCCUCGAAGCCAAACCCGCUAAGAAGGAAAAAACGAAAGUUGCAAAAGUCAACGGAGAGAGUAAGCCCGCCAAAGUCGAAUCCUCCGUCAAAUCAGAAAGCAAACCUCUGAAACGUAAAGCCGACGAGAUUGAUUCCCCCGCCAAAACUGAAGCUCUGUCAACUGAUGGGUUGAGCAAGAAUCAGAAGAAGAAGUUGGCGAAGAAGUCAAAGUUGGAGGGCGAGGGUGGUGUCAAGGCUGAAAAGUCAAAGGUCGAGCAGGCCAAGAGUCAAAAGCGCACUCUGCCUUCGGGGCUGAUAAUUGAGGAUGUCAAGCCGGGAGAUGGACCCGCGGCGAGGACUGGCAAGCGACUGGGGAUGAGAUACGUCGGGAAACUUGAGAACGGCAAGCAGUUUGACUCCAACACUGCCGGAAAACCCUUCACGUUUGUUCUUGGCAGAGGGGAGGUUAUUCGGGGUUGGGACGAGGGUUUAGCUGGGAUGGCUGUUGGAGGGGAGAGACGAUUGACGAUUCCCCCUCAACUGGCAUAUGGCAACCAAAAGAUUCCUGGUAUUCCCAAAGGGUCCACUCUGAAGUUCGACGUCAAGCUUGUUUCCAUCGUCACUAAAGCCAGGGAGAUCAUGGAUAACCCCGGUCAGCUGGGUGAUAGCAUCAGGGCCGCCGUGAAUGAGCUCGGCGCAUCAAACGCCAACCCCAAUCCCACGCCUCAACCCCCUCAGUCAGGACAACAAGACCAAAAUCAACAAACCCCCUUCGAUGAUGAGGUCCAAUUCGCCCCGAAGGAGAUGUACGGUGCCGUCACCGGUGGUGGAUUUGGAGGAGGUUUCAACCCGCAUGCUGCUCCGCCUACUCAACCGCCAACGGGCCAGACACAAGCGCAGGGACAGAGUCCGUACGAAGGCAUGGGAGCGGAAGAUACUACCGCGACGGGAGGAUAUGGGGACCAAGAUGCCCGCGAUGUGUUCAGUAGACGACAUCAGAUGGGAAAUACGGUUGGUAAAGAAGGACCGGAUUCGCCGGUAGAUGAGGAACAUGGGUACAAGACGGGUUCUUCUACACCUGGCUAUCGGCAGGAAGGAGAUGUGGAUGCAGAAGCGGCAGCCAACGCUUUGCGUAAUCAAUCCAACGUUAAUCAAUACGGACAACAAGCCAAUGAUUUCAAUGACAAUAACGACCACAACGAGACGAUUGGAGCCUAGCCCGGGUAGCCAGCGAAGGAAAUUCAUGCGCGUGGGAAAGGUCUGCGAAGAAUAUCGAACGUGUACAUCUCAUGCAAUCUCCCAUUUCAC